AAUCCUGCAAAUUAAUAUCGAUCACAUCGUAGGACCUACACAAUUUAUAGGAUUACCUUAUACUAUUUGGGGCUGCCAAUAUGGAAAGCGUAGACCAGAGACUUUAAAAGCCAAGCCGGCCAAUAGACUGAAUCCAUUCGAAGAUUCAUCGAUCGCCAUUGACACCGCAAAAAUGGAAGCAACUAAGGUAAGCCUGAAGCUUUUCAUAGACAAAAAGAGCCGACGGGUGCUCUUUGCUGAAGCAGACAAAGAGUUUGUUGAUUUCCUCUUUAGCAUUCUCACUCUGAGGGUCGGAGCUGUCACGAGGAUUCUGAAAGAGGGAGGUGGCAUGGUAGGCUGCUUGUCAAGCCUCUACCGGAGCAUUGAAAAUAUGAGUGUCACGUACAUCCAACGAGACAAAGACAAACGCUUCCUGUUGGAACCCAACGUUGUCAUGCCUGGUGCUAAAGUCCCUCUCCUGUUGCCCAACGUCGGCUCAACAUUCCGUCAUUUGUACAAGUGUCCGAACCAAUACAAGUACAGCAACUGUAGCAGUUACGUUGCGGAUGACGACGGCACAAUUUGUCCCAAGUGCAACUCCAAGAUGGACCAAACCGUGACAUUCAUAGACCCACCAAGCGUAAUCAGGGCAUCCUCCUCUAGAUCUAGUGAGGAAGGUUACGUGGUAGGGAUGGUUAAGUACAUGGUGAUGGAUGAUCUGGAGGUGUUGGCCUUGUCCUCCGCCACUCUUGUCUCUUUGCUUGCCAAGUUUAAUGUGAAGGAAAUAGGUGAUAUUGAGGAGAAAGUGGUCGAUGUGGGCAUGGAUGAGGGUGUGAAAUUGCUCAAGGCUUCUCUGCAAUCAAAGUCUGUUUUGUCCGACGUCUUCCCUCCGGCAAAAAUCAUUAUAGCAUAUGGAUGACGGCUGGGGUUCAUGCAUGCAUGGCCAUCAUAUUUUAUGUAAUUGGAAAGUUAAUUGUGUACGACUUUUGUGACUUUACAAAUCAAUGCCAAUUGCGUCAUGGUACACAAUUUAUGAAAUGACUUUUAUUAA